AUGGCGACGGCAGGUGAGAUGACCCUCCAUGCACCGCUGGUGGUCAGAAACAGCCCAGCGUCUUCGAGGGGCAGAGCAGAGCCACGGGAGCGUGAAUGGGAUGCCCUAGCCUUCGAAGAUUUGUCGGGGAAGCCGGCGCUCAUCAACCCCAUCAAGCUCAAGGCCAUGGCAAUGAAGAUGCGACAUCGACUGCACAACCUGGAGUUCAAGCGGCCGACGUCCGUUCCAGAGAGUCUAGCCGUCGCCGGUGUGGAGUCCGAGCCGCAGCCGGCUCGUGCGCCAAAGACACCUGGGACGUAUAGCGUGAUGUACAUCGUAGGAACUGACAACCUCGCGGGAUUGAAAACUAUUUUCAAUCAUCCGCUCAGUAUUCUGUUGCUGGCCUGUCCACUCGGGAUAGUCGCCCACUUUGCCAACUGGGGGCAUACCUGGGUGUUCUGGUUGAAUUUCCUCGCGCUGGUGCCGCUUGCAAAGAUCCUGGGCGACGCCACGGAGGAGCUCGCGGGCUCUAUCAAUAACGAUACUAUUACGGGACUGCUCAAUGCCACCUUCGGCAAUGCAGUCGAGAUGAUUGUUGCGAUCCAGUCCAUUCGGUCCAACCUCUUGGACAUAGUGAAGGCCAGUCUUCUAGGCUCUGUUCUGUCGAACACUCUGCUGGUGUUGGGCACGGCCUUCCUACUCGGUGGCCUGACGCGUAGCCGGAAAAGGAGGGGCCGGUACCAUUCCUUUCACAUUGUCAGUGAGGAGUUCGAGAAGAACGGCCCAACCCGUAUGGAAAAGGAGCAGAAGUUUGCUGUCAAGUCUGCACUGAUCAGCAUGGCCAUGCUCAUGUUCAGCUGCAUGUCUUUUGCACUGCCAACGAUCUUCAACUCCUACCCAUCCGAUGACCGCAAGUCGGUUCUGCAGGUCUCGAGAAUUGGUGCAGUCAUCGUUCUGUCAUCAUACGUCGCAUACCUCAUAUUCCAGCUGCUGACGCACGAGAAGACCCUGGGUGGAGAGGAAGAGGCUCUGAGUCCGGGACUCGAAGAGGGCGAAGACGAAGAGGAAGACGACGAGGAUGAUGCAGGCCCCGGGCUUUCCGCGUCAUGCGCAACAGGCUUGAUGGCCGUGUCGACGCUGGCGGUGGCCGUCAACUCCGAAUUUCUCGUGGAUGUCAUCGAGUCAGUGGUGCGGUCAAACGGCCUCCCCGAGAGCUUCAUUGGAGUCGUCCUUCUGCCGAUCGCUGGCAACGCUUGCGAACAUGCAAGCGCCAUCCGAUUUGCCAUGCAGGAUCGGCCCGGGCUUGCCAUUGGCAUCGCAGUUGGUUCCGCGACCCAGAUCUCUCUCUUGGUGGUUCCUUUCUCCGUUAUUGCAGCCUGGUUUAUGGACAAGCCUCUGGAUCUGGACUUCGGAGUCCUGAACACAGCCGUUGUCACAUUCUGCAUUCUGGUCGUUCUGACGCUUCUUCUGGAUGGGCGAUCCAAUUGGUUCAAAGGCUACAUCCUGUGUUGCAUGUAUGCCUUCCUUGCGGUUCUGUACUGGUACGUUCCACAGUUCAUGCAGCACAAGGCAUGGAGAGGCAAUCCAGGGUGA